AUGGCUAGGUAUGGGUGCUGAUGUUGAGAAGGUAUCAGACGCACUCGUGAAGCUUGGGUAUUCUCAUGGUGGAUUUCUGUGCGAUAUUAGUACCCUCCCUCUCCCCCCUCCCUUCUCCCCCCGCACGGCUAACCCCGCCACCCUUACUGUAUAGCACCCCGCACACCCCUCCCCAGAACACCAAUCAUAGCGCCCGCAACUACGGUCCAGUUCACCACGACGUCGAACACAACCUUCCGUCCAAGCCCAACGUCCACCACGCCUCCAGCAGGAGCCCAUUUCGCCGACCUGAUAGCGCCCGACCAUGCCGUUGUAAUAACGCAGGACACAUACACCUCCAACGCGCUUGUCGGGGGCCUCGUCGUGGCGAGAAUGCGUGAAUUGGGCGCCCCAUUGGUGGUCGUGGAUGGGCGGGUGCGGGACGUUCCGGAGCUGAAGCUUCCGACGUAUGCGCGUGGGACGAGCACUGUUGGUGCGGGGGCCGGGAGUAGGGUUGUGGGGGUGGGUGGAGAAGUCAUAGUUGCUCGUGGGGAGGGAGGAGAAGGGGUUAGGGCUUGCCAGGGGGAUUUGGUGUUUGGGGACGAGCAAGGGGUGGUUGUUUUCCCCAGGGCAGUGUUAGAGAGAGUGGUUGAGCUUGCGAGGGGGGUUGUGCUGGCUGAUCGGGAGGUUUUGGGGGAUGUGCUAUGUGGGAAGGGGUUGGCAGAGGCUUUUAGGGAGCAUAGAGGAUAG